AUGCAUCUAGAAGAAAAAAAAAAAAAUUAUAAUGAUAUUUUGUUAAACUUGUGUUUAACUAAGGAUGAUAAAAUUGAAUCUGUCUUAUAUAAACUAAUCCCUUUAUUAUUAGAUGAAAUUUUAACUAGCGAAAUAUGUUUAAGAAAAACAUUAAUAGAAAUAAUUAGUAAUUGUAUAUUAAGAUGUAAAUCCUUUGAAAAUAUUAAAAUUCCAUUUUUGAAAAUUAUUGAUAAUUAUUUUCAAAAUAUUAAUAAAGAGUCAACUAGUAGAAUAUUAUAUAACAGUACAUUAUGUAUAUUUUUAGAUCUAGGUUUUAAAAAUGUAAAUGAUGAAGAUAAAAUAAGAUUUCAACAAAUAAUAAUCAAAAAUGCGGAUCAGCUAACGAUAAAUAAAGAAAUAUGCAUAUGCAUGAUCAUAAAAUUUAUUGAAUGCCUAGAGGUUUUAAAUAAUAAUAAAAAUAAGGAUGUAAUGAAUGAAUACAUUUCAAUUUAUUCUAAGAGUGAAGAUAAUAAAAUUAUUAAAUUCGUAGAAUAUAUUAAUGAAUUUUUACUAAUACCAAUAUAUUGUAAAGACUUUAGUGAAAUAAAAUUUCUUGAUGCAGAUGUGAUAAAAAAUUACAAACAAAAAUUAUUUGAUAAUAAAAAUUAUUCUGUAAAAAAUCACAUAAAAAUGAAAAAAAAUGUAUUAAACUUUUUGAGUAAUUUUAUAAAAAAUGAUAAUUUAGCUUUUUCAUCAUAUAUUAUUUGUUCAUUUGAAAAGUAUGAUGAAAUAAAAGAUUUUGCAAAUUCAUUAAUUCAAAGUAAAAAAAGAUUUAUAGAUUUUAACAAUAUAUCUUUUAUAAAUCUAAAUUUUGAAAUAAUUAAAUAUUUCGAUAACAAAAUUUACUCUUUUAAUUAUAUCAUAAAAAUAUUAAGCUUAUUUCAAAAUAGUUCUAUUUUGGCUAACCAUGACAAAUAUUUACGUUUAAUUUUAAGUUACAUUUUUUUUUUUUUUUUUUUUUAUGAUGUAAAUAAUUCAGAUUUUUUAAAAGAGUUUACUAAAUUUAAGACAAUAUUUAAUGAUGAAACAAAAUUUACUAAAUAUUUAAGUGAAAAUAAAUAUUCUAUCAAAUUAAAAAAUGUAGAUAUGCUAAAAUGCUUGUUUGAUCUAAUGCUAUCUAUAUUAGAAAAUACAAAAAAUAUUUAUAUUCAGUAUUAUAAUAAUUAUAUUUUUCAUUUAUUAUUUUGUUUUUUGAAGGAAAAAUAUGAUGAUAAUAAUAAUUAUAAUUUCAUUGCAAAUAUUUCAACAAUAACAGAAAAUUUUCUUGAAUUAAAUAAUAAUGAUGAAAAAAUAAAUUUAAUUGUUCUAAAUAAAUCUUUUAUACUUACAUAUAUAUUUUUUGAUAAGUUAAAAAGAUACAAAAAAAAUAAGAAUGAUUCUUAUGUAAUAUAUAAUAAUAUAAUAAAAGUUUUAUCAUCUUUAGAAAAAUAUUAUAAAAAUAUUAUAAAUAUGAAAAGUGUUGAAAAUGAAACCUACUUAAUAUAUAAGAAAAUAAAUAUUACUGAUAUUAAUAUUGAAAACAUAUCGUUUGAAAUAAAUGAAAAUAGUAAUGAAGAUUUCAGUAAAUAUGAAAAAUGUAAAAGUUUAAAAUAUUUUAUAAUUCAAAAUAUUGUUAAUUUAUUGGAUAAAUUUAUCAUUUUUUCUGAUAAUAUUUUAUUAAUCAGUGCAAUUUUGAAAUGGUCUGUUAACAUUUUUUGUCAUACAAGUUGUGAAUUUAGGUACUAUUCUUUAUUAUAUGAGAAUAGUAAUGAUAUUAUUUUAUCUGAUGUUGCAAAAGAUUACUUAAAUUUAUAUAAGGAAAGCAAGUUAUCAUUUGAUAAGUACAUUUUUUUUAUUUCCAAAAAAUUGUUUAAUAUUAAGGAUAUAGAUACAAUUAAUUUUUUCACCAGUAAUAUAUGUAUUAAUCAAAAAAAAAAUGAAGAUAAAAUUCUUUAUGAAAAUGAAAAUAAUGACACAAAAGAUAACUUAGAUUAUACAACAAUGUACAAUAAUUUCUUUUUAAUAAAUGAUAUGGAAUCUCUUAUAGAAUAUUCAAAUAUAAAUUACCAAAAUUUUAAUAUACAACAUUUACAUAAUUUAAUUAAGUAUAUAGAUAAUAUAAAUUUUACGUAUUUUUCAUUUACAGAAAGCAUUAAUUAUACAAUUUUAAUCUUAGAUAUAUUUUUAUUACAUACAGUAAACUUUGAGAAUAUUUUAAAAGUUGAUAAUUUUAUAUUAUACUGCACUAUUUUUUUAUCAGUUAUAAAAAAUUUGAAAAAUUUUUUAAGUAACUCAGAAAAAUUAGAAAAUUCAAAGAAUUGUAAAGAUAAUGUUUUAAAAAAUAGUCAAAUCAUAUAUAGUAAUAUACAAAUUUUAAUAGAACGAAGAUUGCAUUUAAUUUUAAAUAACCUGUUAUAUACUGAAAAUAAUAAAUUAAUAAAAGCAACUAGUAAAUUAUUAACAAAAAUAUAUAUGCUAAAGAAAGAAAAUAAUUGUAUAUCAUUUGAUAACCUUAUCAAUUUUCUCAUUUCUAUGAACUUUGAAAAGAUAGAUAUAAAUAGUAAGAAGGAAAUUAAUAUGACAUGCUCCCUUAUAUUUUUUUUUGGUAACCUUAUAAAAAAAGAGAAGGUCUUUUAUAAAAAAUAUUAUGGUAUUUUAGAAAAAAUUACGAAUUAUUUUCUUUAUAUAUAUUUCAACUAUAUAACGGAAAAUAAAAACUUUGAAAAUAUAAUUUUUAAAUAUUGCAUUAAUUUCUUUUAUCUAACUUUUUUUUCUAAAAAUCUUUUACAUAGCUGGAAAAAUAUAAUAAGAGAAAAUAGUUAUGCGAAAUUGAAACAUUCAAGCGAUGAUUAUAUAUUUAUUUAUCCUUAUAUAACUCGUAUAUUUAUGAAAAUAUUAUAUUAUGCAAAGGAAGAUAUUAAUAAAAAUUUGUCAUUGGUAAAAAAUAUAUUAAAAUUUUUAAGUUGUUUACCAACUUUAAAAGAUAAAAAUAUUAAUACAUUAUUGAAAGAAGACAUAAAAUGCACUUUACAUUUAGAACAAUUUCAAAUUCAAAAAUUAUAUGCUCAUUAUAUAUCUCAUAUAUUUUUAAAAUUAGAUCAAAUAAAUUCAAAUCAUGUAUCAUAUGAUUUUUUAAAAUAUAUUUUCGAUAGUUGUAAAUAUUCAUCAGAUUGUGAUCAUAUAGAAACUAGAAAUAAAUUUGUGUGUAUAAUUAUGUUUUACAUAAUAUAUUAUAACCCAUUUUUAGAAUAUAUAAAAGAAAAUGCUUGUGCAAUUGGGGAUUUUUUUAUGUCUAUUAUUAAAAUAAGAAGUGAUAUAUAUUCUGAAUAUAGUUUUUUAGGUUUAAGUGUUUUGUUUUUUUCUCUUUCUAUUCAAUGCAAUUUGAAUAUUAAUGAUAUUUAUCUAUUAGAAAAAAAUUUUAAAUUUUUAAAAAAAGAACAAUGUAAUAGUGAUAUUAAACACAUAGCUAAAGUAGAUUUUUUUUUAAAUAAUAAGAAAACUAAUACAAAUAGUUUAAAUAAAAUAGAAUUUAAAAGUAUAAAUACAGUUGAUUGUCCUGAAUGUAAAAUAAAUAUAAAGAACAAUAUUCAUAAAAAGAAAGAAAUGAAAAAUAUAGAUUUUACAUUUCUUAAUAAGGGAAAAUCAUAUUUUAAUAGUCUAUCCAUUUUCUAUGAAGAAAAUAUAGAUGAACUAAAUAGUACAUAUGAAAAGUCAGAUAAAAAUAUAUAUAACAAUAUGUAUAUGAAAAAAGUAGAUAAAUUCACAAUAGAAAAAUAUGUAGAGACUCUAUAUAACUUUUUUAAUAAUAUUGGUGAUAAUUCACUUUAUAAAAUUCUUCUUAGAAAAAAAGAGAGGGAAGUAGAUGACACUUUUAUAACUGAAAUAAAAAAAUUUGAAUGUAAAAAAGACUAUGUCUUAAAAAAUAUAUAUGAAAAUAUUAAUAAUGAAGGAAAUUACGAUUUAAUUAAUCAUUACAUUUGUUUAAGUAGAUAUUGUUUUAACUAUAUAUAUAUAUUUUUAUUUAUGCAAUACUCUGAUUUAAUGAUAUUUAAUUACGAUAAAAAAAUAAAAGAAUUCUUUUUUUUUCCUGAUUUUAUAUAUGAUAAGAGUUAUGAGAUUUCUCACUUAUUAAAUAAAACUAAUAAUGUUAUAGAUAAUUUUAGUAAAAAUGAAAAAGAAUUAUGUAAUAUACCUUUUUUUCGUGAUGAUAUAGACAAUGUAUUUGAUUUUAAAAAAGUAAAUAAGAGAUUUUGUAUUAUCGUAAAAUAUAUUUAUAAAAAAUUAUUAAUCAGUGAGAUAAAAGCUCGUAAUGAAAUAAUUAAAUUUAAAAUAUUUCAGUUUGUAUCAAUAAAAGAUGUAAGCAAAACUAUGAUUAAAAUAGAAAAGGAUUUCUUAAAAAUGAAUUAUGAAGUUACUGAAUCUAUUUGUUGUAUAAAUGCACUUAAUAUAGAAUUAACAAAUUUUUUUUUAACUAAUAAUGAAAUAAUAAAUGAAGCCAUAUUAAGAUUCUUGAUUGAAUUUCUGAAUAAAAUGGAUUUAAAGAUUUUUGCACAAGAAAUUUUUUAUUAUUUGUUUUUCAUAUGUACUAUAAUAAAUUCAUAUAUUUUGGAUAUAAAAUUAUGCAUAACAUUCUUAAAUACUUUCAAAAGCUGUUGUAUUAAAUUUUCAAAUAUUUUUGAACAAUUGAGUUUAGAAGAUAAAAUUGAGACUAAUAUUUUUUUGUGCUAUAAUAGAAACAAAGAUAUUUAUGAAGAUGGAAAUAAAGAUGAUUAUGAAAAGCUAUAUAAAAGCUUUUAUAGUAAUAUAAAUAUAAAAAAUUAUAACGACAUAAAUGAUGAAUAUUUUGAUGAUAUAAAUAAAGAAGUUUUUAAUAAUAUAAGUAAUAUAAAUGUAAUUAUAUUUAGAUUACUGCAAUAUCAUAAGAAAAAAAUAGGUGACAAAAAAUUGGAGUUAUAUUUUAUAGACUGUUUAAAUAGUUGUAUAAUUUCAUGCGUUAAUAUUAAUUUUAAUUUAAAAAUUUUAUUAGAAUUUUAUAUAACAAAUAGUGAAAAACUUGAAAACAACUAUAAUGAAUUAAAAAUAAAUGAUAAUAAGAAUGAGAAUGAGACUUAUAAGGAAAAAGAAAUUUUUUUUGGAAAAUUGGCUAAAUAUAAUAAUUCAGAUAAGCAGAAAGAAGUUUUAGAGAAAAUAGUAGGUAACUAUAGUCACGCUUCAGAUGUUGAGGAAACAAUAAAAUAUAUUUUGACUUUAUUAAAUCAUAGCAAUGAUAAAUUUAUUUUAAGUAAUAUUUCUUUUACAAUUAUUAAACUGUUAAUUAGAUAUGAAGCAUUAUCAGAUAAUAUAUUUUUGAUUGUUAAUUUAUACAUAAAUGUUUUUGGUAUCAUUUCUGAUUUUAUUUCAAAAAAUUUACAUAAGAAUUAUUUAGUUUAUGUAAAUGAUUUGCUUUAUUAUUUAGUAAAUAAUAUUCCAUUUUAUCAUUAUAUAAAAUUUGUGAAUUCUCACUUAUUAAAAGAUCAUUCCGAAUUAUAUAUAAAUGUUGGAGAUAUUCAAAAUAUUAGAAAUUAUUCCAGUAUCAUCAUUUUAUAUCUGUUAAAAAAAAAUUUACUUAUUGAUUUAGACGAUGAACAAAUUUUUAGAGAUAAAAAGAAGGUAGAUAAUAUUAGAAUAUUUGAAGAAAUGAAAAUUAUUAAUAGUGUAAUAGAUGAUAUAAAAGAAUUCUUGAAAAUAAAUAACUUUAAAAUGAUAAUUCAGAAAGAAAGUACUUAUUUAGAAAGUAUGGAUAAGGAUAUAUUUAAUGAUGAUUUAUCUAGUGAAAUGUUUUCAAAAUUAAUUGAAGAAAUAAAAGAUAAUUCAAAGAUAAUAUGCUACAAUAUUAUUUCUUAUAUUAAUGAAAAUAAUUAUUUAGUAGUAGAUGAAUAUGAAAAUGUUGAAAAUAUGAUAAAAAAUGAAAUAAAAGGAAAAUUAAAUUCAUUUAAAUAUGAAGGUACCAUAAAUAUGCCACUUAUAUGUAGCAUAAUAGACAUUAUAACUAAAGAAAUUAUUAAUAUAUUGAAAAAAGAAUUUAAUAGAAAAAAAUUAUUUGAUGAGGAAAAUAAAAGAUUAUUAGUAAAAAUAGAAUCAAAAUUGAUUUCAAGGAGUUUUAUUAUCAUGAAUAUUAAAAAUUGUGAAAAUUAUAAAAAUGUUUAUGAAAUUUUGCAAAAAAGAAAUAUUUUUCAUUUUUAUAAAUUUUUUAAUGAAUAUAUUGAAGAAUUCCAUAUUUUUAUUGACUCUAAAUUUUUGAAAGAUAAGAAAGCUUCUUUAAUAUCGAUGGAUAAUUUUAUUGAAUCAUUUAUUGACAUUUAUAAAAGUGAUAAUUAUGAUGAAUUAGAUUCAGGAAAUAUACAUAAUUUUUUAGAUUUAUAUGUAAAAUUAAAAAGUUUAUUGAGGGAAUAUUCAAACAGUGAUAUUAAUCAUUUUAUAAUUUUUCCCAUUUUAAAAUCUCUUAAUUUUAUCUUCUUAUUAAUAUUUAGAAGAAAACAAAAAGAAAAUUUAUUAAAUAUAAAAAAUUAUAUUAACAUAUCUGAAAAAAAAGUGGAUAUUGAUUUAUGUGAAUUAUAUUAUACUUUUGAUGACAUCUUAGAUGUUUUUAUUAAAGUUAAAGACUAUGAAAUAUUUCAACAUAUGUAUAUUUUUCUUUUUAAUAUUCCUUCUUUUUUUAUUAGAAAUUUUAAUUUUGUAAAAUUAUAUAAAUGUAUCACUUUUUUUAUGAAUAUUUAUUUUAAAAAUAGUUAUGAAAUAGAUAAUUAUGAUAGUAAUUUUUAUCUCCAUUUUUCUAAAUUAAGUAUUUGUAUAUUCUCUUUUUUUUUGGUUAAAAAUAACUUAAAUGUAUGGUUAAAUUUUUUUAAUUUUGAAUUUUUAAAUAAGUUUAUAAAAAUGGAUAAUUUGAAUAGCUAUAUUUUUGAUAUAGAUAAAAUUAGUAAUGAAGAAGAUAUUUUUAAGAAUAUUUAUUUUUAUGAAAAUAAUUUUUUUAACAAUAAUAUAAAGGUAGACGUUGAAAAAAAUAAUUUCGUCGAUAUUUUGCCAUCUAAAGGGAUAUAUAAGUAUAUAAAUGAUAAUCGAAGUGAAAGUUUGAAUGACAACAAUAGAAAUUUAAGAGAUGAUGAAACAAUUGAAGUUUUAGAAAUUAAUAAAAAUUUGUACUCAAAUAUUAAAGAAGAGUUUUUUGAUUAUUUGAGAAAACUAUUAUUCAUUUUAUUUGAGAAUAGCAAGAAUAAUUAUAAUAUAUUAAGUUUAAUAAAAACAUUUUUUCAAUUUAUGUUUUAUAAUAAAAUAUACUUUUUUGAAGUAGGUAAUACAAAGACAUGGGAAAAAAUUUAUAACUAUAUUUACUUAUUGAUCAAAACAAAUAAAACUAAAAAGGUUUUUGAACAUUUGAUGCAUAUAUUAAAUAUAUUGUUGUGUAUCUAUAAUUCAUACAGCUAUAAAAAUGAAAAUGAUAGAAACAUUUAUUUGGAUAUUAAAAUUAAUGAAUUUUAUAAUUAUUAUGAUGAGUCUAAUGAUAAUAGAAAAGAUUCUCCUAAUUUUAUAUUCGUCAUGUUUUUUAAAAUUAGAGAAAAAUCUAAAGAAUUAGCAUUUCCCAAUUAUAUUAUUCAAAAUUUAAAAUAUUCAAUCAUGCUGAAUUUUCCUCACUUUUUUUUAUAA